CCCCUCCUCUCGGCCCAGGCAGGGGGCGCUCCCCUUGUGUGACCCCUCCUCGGCCCAGGCAGGGGAUGAGCGCAGUGCCGAGCCCCGUGUCCCUGCGUGGGUGUGUCCCGCCGCCGCGGGGGAGGGGAAGGCCGCGGCUAUAAGCGUUCCCCGGGCGGGCGGCUCUCACUCUUGCCGCUAUGCCGCCGAAGAAGCACCUUGCCGCGGGCAAGAAGCGCAGCGCCGACUCCGGGGUGGAGACAGAGCGGGGCGCGCUGACCCAGGAGCAGAAGGACCAACAGAUCAGCCUCUUCCUCAGGGGCUUCAACCAGCAGGCCAAAGAGAAUCUUCAAGAAAUGAAGAAAGAAAUUGAUUCACUUUUGCAAACUGCUGAGAAAGCAUUUAGAGUGGAGUUAUUGAAGAUGCCAGUUGCUGUCAGAAAAAUGAAAAGAAAAGACUUGCUUAACCUGCAAGGAGGAGAGGAAGCUGCUGUUGUAGCUGCCGCUGUUGUAGCGAAUGACUGCUCUGUAGAGGACAUUCCAAAUACCAGGCUGGUGAGGAAUUGCAGCAAAAGAGUUAAGGUAACUACAAUUGUUGAAUAUAAAGAUGAGGAGACUGUGCCUGCCAAGAAAGCAUCUCAAAAGGUGUCCAAAACAAAAUCACUGGUUUCUUUAGCUUCUGGCACACAUCUCAAAGAAAACCACUCUCUUUCUAGAUCUGCAUGCUCUACUCCAAAUGUGAGGCAUUUUAAGGCUCCUACAUCUGAUCGCACAGCUGCAAACUAUAAAUCUGCUCCACGUGUUUCUAGAAGAUUACCACAAAUGGCUGUCUCAAGAACUGUACCUAUGAGAGAAAAAGUCCAAGCCAUGUCACUAAGAAGUAACUCAGUGCCUCGGGAAAAAGCUGUUCCAUUUGUUAAUAUACCUCUGGCUGAUGGAAAGACUCUCUGUUCUGCUGGUGAAGACCUCCAUAACAUCAAUGUUGAGUUGCUUAAUGAUGACACAGUUCAGCAUAUUCAUAAUCUAGUGGGCUUGUCUACACAUGGAGAUUUUCCUGAUUAACCCUGUAGGUGGACACUCUUACUCUGGGAAUAAAUGAGGAACAAGUCCAGCUGCAGACAAGACCUAAGGUAAAAGUGGGGGAAGUCAGAAUUUUGGUAUUUGUGAGCUGUCAAAACAAUCCUACAGCUAGUGGCUGCCACAUUCAAUACUAGUACAAACCAACUGUCCAUAUCCUGAUUUCUAAGACCCUCCACAAGAUGAUCCAAGCCAUGUCAAUAAUGCCAUCUCCUCCACCUUAACAAGAAGCAUAUAACUGUCCACAGAUGUAUGAAACUAGGUUGCAGCUUUCUCUGUAGCUGUUCUACAGCUGUGGAAGUUCUGAGAAGAUAUUACCACACAUCUUGCC